AUGGUUCACACAGAUGGAAAAACAGAUUUUUGGAGACUCACGCAUUAUGGAUUCGAACGUGACAAUGGUCAUUUUUAUUAUCGUUCUAUGGACUCUGAACAAUCAUUUACUGUUACAGUCAACAUACAAGGCGACUACAAAGUAAUUUAUGAUCAAGCCGGUCUGAUGCUUCGCAAUGAUGAAUACAAUUGGAUCAAGUGUGGUGUUGAAUAUGUUGACGGACUUCAUUAUGCUAGUGUUGUUGUUACUGUGAACGGUUGGUCUGAUUGGAGUGUUGUGCCCCUUGAUACACGUCCAAAUCCUUUGAGGUUACGAGUCAAACGCGAGAAAGAAGCCGUUCAUAUUGACUAUGGAGAAGGUGAAAAUGGCCCAUUCAAAAUUAUGCGACUUGCCUACUUGCCACUGGCGAAGAAAACACAUUCAAUCAUGGUCGGCAUUAUGUGCGCUUCGCCUAAUGAGGAAACGGACGGUUUUGAUGUCAGUUUUGAUCAACUGAAUAUUACUCAACAUUCAUCAAAUAAUAAUCCAAUGAAAUAA